AUGCCCACCCCACCCCACCCACCAAUGCCAAAGUACAUGUUGGAUUUGCAAGGUGUUCUCUGUGCUUCGGAGGAACUGGAGCAAGGGCGGUGGAAGCCCAAGGUGGGGUGCGCUGGUUGGGCAGGGGUGUGCAUGGUGUUGGCUUGCGCCCUUUGUGUUCGCUAUCGUCUGGCGCCUUCGUUUGUUUUGCGAUGGUCUCUGUUGGGGCAGGUGUCUUUUUUGAAAAUGGAACUUAUUGAAAACAGAAGGAAACGAGGUGCAGCCUCUGGGUCUGCUGCUGGAAUCGAGGUGUGUUACUAA